AUGCAGGGAAUAACACCCUUGCUCACGGAGACCCCGCCACUGGGCGAAAUGCUGAGUAUUCGUCCAGGCUCAAUCUUCGUUUGGGAGGAGGCAAGAAUCGGAAGAAAGAAGCUCCACGACGGCAUAUCCUGGAGAAUCAUCAAGCAUUUCCAGCAUUCCUUCCUGUACAGGGAUCGAGGCGGAUGCGGUCUCCUCAAACAGCUCUACACUCUCAACACAUCUAACGGUCAACGGAUCCACGUUCAGUGCUAUUUUCGGGAUUCAGAUGUUUACACCAUGCAGCUGCAACAGCCCACGACGGACCCUCUGUUCAGAGAUAUCCGCGUGCAGAUGGAGAUCUACACCAAGAGGAAAACUGGGAGCCACCAUCCUAUCCAGGCUGGACAUAUUGAGGAUGUUUGCAGAAAGUCCCUGUGUCUGGCACAAAGAGAAAACUCCGGGAUAGCAGUGCGGACUGCUACCUCGUAUCCUUUUACUCCGGAAUCAAGUCCCAUUCAGCAAAGAUGUCAGCGCAUGGGAGGUUGUUUCAUCCAAGAAAAUAUUACUCGAACACCUCGUUCCUCGCCUCAGAGUGAUCCCCGGAAAGAGGUUCCCCGAGAGCACACUGUGAGACACUCGCCCUCUGGGUCGACUGGGAGAAUGUCGCCUCGAGUUCAGAAGUUAAGAGUCAAUCGCACCGUGGAGGAAACAAAGUUAUUGUAUAAACUGGACAGGGCGUUUUUGAAAUAG